AUGCACAGGGCGGGAAGAUUCCUUGUUUGCGCUCGCUUUCAAACGAGGAACAUCUCACUCACGAUGUCGUUGGAAAAAGCACACACAACACUUGUGAAUGUUGAAAGGAUCAAGUAUGAGGGAACCGACAUGCUCAAAGAUCCAAUCAGUGUGGCUGACCCGGAAGCCUUUGCCAUUAUGAAGAACGAAAAGCUGAGACAACGACGAGGGCUUGAAUUGAUUGCUUCCGAGAAUUUCACAACCAAAGCCGUUUGUGAUGCUCUCUCUUCGUCGAUGACUAACAAAUACUCUGAAGGAUAUCCUGGUGCUAGAUACUAUGGUGGAAACGAGCACAUCGAUAAAAUGGAGCUGCUAUGCCAGAAGCGAGCUCUCGAAGUGUUCGGACUCGACCAGGAAUUGUGGGGAGUCAACGUGCAAUCGCUUUCCGGAUCACCUGCAAACUUUGCCGUUUACACGGCCGUUGUCGAGCCAAAUGGACGCAUCAUGGGACUUGAUUUGCCCGAUGGCGGACAUUUGUCACAUGGAUUUUUCACACCAACUCGAAAAGUUUCGGCUACAUCAAUUUUCUUCCAAUCAAUGCCAUACAAGGUUUGCCCUAAAACAGGUCUGAUUGACUACGACAAGUUAGAGGAAGAUGCCAUGCUUUUCCGUCCCAAAGUCAUUGUUGCAGGAAUGUCUUGCUAUGCUCGUCACCUUGAUUAUCAACGCUUCAGGAAAAUCGCUGACAAAUGCGGAGCAUACUUGAUGUCGGAUAUGGCUCAUAUUUCUGGAUUGGUGGCAGCUGGCAUUGUUCCAUCACCGUUCGAGUUCUCCGAUAUUGUCACAACAACUACACACAAAUCUCUUCGUGGUCCACGUGGCGCUUUGAUCUUUUAUAGAAAAGGUGUUCGUUCUGUGAAUGCAAAAGGAGAAAAGACGAUGUACGAUUUGCACGAUCGCAUUUCGCAAGCUGUCUUUCCUGGACUUCAAGGAGGACCCCACAAUCACACCAUUGCUGGUAUUGCUGUGGCUUUGCGCCAGUGUAUCACCACGGAAUUUGUUGACUACACUAAACAAGUGGUUGCAAACUCCAAAGCGCUUGCUGAACGUUUGAAGGAGCUUGGAUAUGCUUUGGCUACAGAUGGAACCGAUAACCACUUGUGCUUGGUUGAUCUGCGACCACUUGGCUUAGACGGGGCAAAGGCCGAACAUGUGCUUGAUCUGGCGCAUAUUGCCUGCAACAAGAACACUUGUCCGGGAGAUGUGUCGGCUCUUCGUCCUGGUGGAAUUCGUCUUGGAUCGCCUGCUCUCACGUCACGUGGAUUUAAAGAAGCUGAUUUUGUUGAAGUCGCCAACUUCAUUGAUAAAGCUAUCAAAAUUCUCCUCAAUUUCAAGGAUCAAAGUGGAAAAACUAUUAAGGACUUGAAGGAAUUCACCGCAAAGAGUGAGGCUUUCAACAAAGAAAUUGACAAACUCCGCGAUGGUGUUGAGGCAUUCACGGCUAAGUUUGACAUUCCCGGCAACGACGAGUUU